UGCCAACGUGCCAAACCUGCGUUUCACUAUGCAGUAGACGUGCCUGCCUGCCAGGGCUCCAGCAGGAAAAGAGACAGAAUAUAUGUCCAGCAAAGGAAAUGACGUUGUUGAUCUUUGUUUCACUCCUUCAUCCACCUAUCCGCACGAUUGUACCUUCCCGUUGUACAACGACCACCCACGACGUUGGGGUGUCCAAUGAAAUUCACCACUUUGGCACAGGUAUGGCUCCUACUAGUCAUUUAUCACAUUUACAUUCAAUUCUCAUAUGUAAGUCUCAUCAUCAGAUUGGCCACGCCAGUAAGCAACUAACCACUGACAACGGCAGCAAUAGCGGUAGCGGCAGGAAUAGCGGCAGCAGAGCGGCAACAGCAACGAUAUCGGCAACAACAAAUAAUUUCUGUGCGAGAUGCGGAAGCGAGAUACCAAGAAACUGGUAUCAUAUGCAUGUUUAUGGGGAAUAUAUCGUGAUAGAUCUGUUGUUUUUUCCCUCAAAAGGCAUCAAAAAGUGGCAGCAAGUGAUCAAGAUGUGACUCGGCUACAGGUCACUCAAUCAGGAACGAGGCUCUUGCAGGUAGCAUAGUAAGAAAGUCGGAAAAUUACAACAUCCCCGAGUGGCAGGGAGAGGUCAUCCCGGGAGGUUGGUAGCGAGGGAAGCAGGCUACAUCACGGG